UCUUUUGGUAUAUAAGGCCGAGGGCAGAGAACCAGGGAACGGAUGACUUCCGUCUAGACACAGACAUACACACACGUUUGCCUGCGUUAUAUUUGGGGGGGAAGAAAGCGAACAAUCAACACUUUUGCUUACUCCACCAGCAGCCAUCGGAACGAAAGUUUUUCUCCCCUCUGAUCAUAAGACCGUCUUUCAACUCACUCAGAUGAUGUUAUUCGGAAGAGAAAUCGUCAAAAACACCAAGCUUUUCGACACGGUUUCCAGUCAUAACAGGCCUGCCUUCUUGUUACCACGACCGCGUUGACAAGAGAGUAAUAACCAGUCUGACUCACGAUUUGAAAGAGAGGGAAAACCGACGACACCCCCCCUCGACACGCCCCGUCUGUGUAAUACGAGCAGUACGAAUAGGUACUGAAACGAUUCAGAUACGGAAGAAGAAGAACAAGGGGGAGGGAGCGUGACGAGCAUCUAGCCAAGGGCCCGAGUCCUAGGAAAGGAUGGGCCGAAGUGGAUACGACACCACGGACUUGGGGAGUUUCGUCCGGUCCAACCCGCGUUGGGCCGGCGGGAACAGAGCCGGUGCCGGAGCGGGACAGAAGAGCGCGGGGAAAGCGUUCGGGCCGCCGGUAACGACGGGGCCGAUGCAACAGGCGGGAUCGGCGGCGGGAUCGGCCUCGGCUUCUAGCAAGAACCGGGGUGGGGGUGCGGUCCCGCCGAAGAAGUGACGGCCGAGCUUGGUGCCUUUCCCCCUCUUUUUACGAACCAGCACGUAGGGUCGCUGUUGGUCAAUGAGCGGUGGACGUUACUGAUGGGCGGAACUCAUCCAACCGGAGCGGGAACAUGCUGG